AUGGGUGUGGGAGAGUCAGGGGUCUUGCUGGUGAGCGCGUGCCAGGAGCUAUUUUUCAGUACCACUGGUUUUGAGCAGUCUGAUGAGGAUGUGCUUUGGUGUAUUGAUGUAUCUGAUGAGGAUGUGCUUUGGUGUAUUGAGGUGUCUGAUGAGGAUGUGCUUUGGUGUACUGAGGUGUCUGAUGAGGAUGUGCUUUGGUGUAUUGAGGUGUAUGAUGAGGAUGUGCUUUGGUGUAUUGAGGAGUCUGAUGAGGAUGUGCUUUGGUGUAUUGAGGUGUCUGAUGAGGAUGUGCUUUGGUGUAUUGAGGUGUCUGAUGAGGAUGUGCUUUGGUGUAUUGAGGAGUCUGAUGAGGAUGUGCUUUGGUGUAUUGAUGUGUCUGAUGAGGAUGUGCUUUGGUGUAUUGAGUGUGAUGAGGAUGUGCUUUGGUGUAUUGAGGUGUCUGAUGAGGGUGUGCUUUGGUGUAUUGAUGAGGAUGUGCUUUGGUGUAUUGAGUCUGAUGAGGAUGUGCUUUGGUGUAUUGAGGUGUCUGAUGAGGAUGUGCUUUAGUGUAUUGAGGAGUCUGAUGAGGGUGUGCUUUGGUGUAUUGAGGUGUCUGAUGAGGGUGUGCUUUGGUGUAUUGAUGAGGAUGUGCUUUGGUGUAUUGAGGUGUCUGAUGAGGAUGUGCUUUGGUGUAUUGAGUCUGAUGAGGAUGUGCUUUGGUGUAUUGAGGUGUCUGAUGAGGAUGUGCUUUGGUGUAUUGAGGAGUCUGAUGAGGAUGUGCUUUGGUGUAUUGAUGAGGAUGUGCUUUGGUCUAUUGAGGUGUCUGAUGAGGAUGUGCUUUGGUGUAUUGAGGUGUCUGAUGAGGGUGUGCUUUGGUGUAUUGAUGAGGAUGUGCUUUGGUGUAUUGAGGUGUCUGAUGAGGAUGUGCUUUGGUGUAUUGAGGUGUCUGAUGAGGAUGUGCUUUGGUGUAUUGAGGUAUCUGAUGAGGAUGUGCUUUGGUGUACACGUACAGUAUGUAGCCUUUGAGGUUGGCUUCUUUCAUAUUCACCGAAGGCUUCGCCAUGUCUUUUCGUGGCUUGAUGGCUCAUUUCUUUUUAGCGCUGGAUGAUACUCCAUCCUGGGCGUGUGCUGCAGCUUGUUUAUCUACGUACCUAUUGAAGGACAUCUUAGUAGCUUCCAAGCUUCGGCAGUUACGCGUAAAGACAUCUUAGCAGCUUCCAAGCUUUGGCAGUUACACAUAAAGACAUCUUAGCAGCUUCCAAGCUUCAGCAGUUACUCAUAAAGCUGCUGUAAACACCCAUGUGCAGGUUUUUGUUUUGACACAACUUUUCAGCCCAUUUGGAUGAAUAAAGAAACCUGAUUGCCGGACCGUGUGAUGAGACCGUGUUUAGUGAGAAGCUGCCGUUUCACUCCCACCAGCAAUGAGUAAGAGCUCCUGAGGUCCAUGUCCUCCACAAUGUUUGGUGGUGUCAGUAUUUUGUGUUUGGCCAUUCGAAUAGGUGUGUAGUGGGAUCUUGUUUUCCAUAGCCUUUGAAGAUGUGUGCAUUUUUGUACCUUUCUGGUGCUCUUAAGUUCUUCAUUCAGACUCCGUGUUGCCAAGAGGGCUAAUUUUCUUUGAGUCUGAAGUGCCGUAUUUAAUAUAUAUUGUCUUGUAGAUCCUCUGCAGUGACAUUCUGCCUAGGCUUAGCUCUUACGUGGAUCAAAAGGCCCUAAUUCCUCCUCCUCUUUUGAAGUGCAUUUUUACAGGAUAUACGGUUCUAAGUGGACUGUGUUUUUCUCUGGGCGUGUUAAGGUUGUUCUAUUCAUGCUGCUUUCUACUGUUCUGAUGAGGAAUUUUCUCAUUCUUCUGUUUUCCUUACUGUGAAAUCUCUUACCUCUGACUAUAUACAUGAUUUUCUUUUAUUUUUGGACUUUGGCCGUUUGUGAUGCACCUGGGUCUAGUUUUCUAAACUGAGCUACUUCGACCUGAGGGUGGGUGCAUUUUAACAGAUUUUGAAGUCUUGACUGUUAUUUCUGCAGAUAUUUCUGUUUUCUUUUUCUUUCUUAGAGUUCCAUUUCUGAAGGAGUAGUUCUCAAAUUUUUCUGAUGUCCCACUCUGUCUUUUGGGUCUUUGGUACAUGUGCCCUGUCCUGGGUGCUGUCCCACAGUCUCUCCAGUCACUGGUGUCAUGGCCCUGGGUGUCCCACAGUCUCUGCAGUCACUGGUGUCACGGCCUUGGGUGUCCCACAGUCUCUCCAGUCACUGGUGUCACGGCCCUGGGUGUCCCACAGUCUCUGCAGUCACUGGUGUCACGGCCUUGGGUGUCCCACAGUCUCUCCAGUCACUGGUGUCACGGCCCUGGGUGUCCCACAGUCUCUCCAGUCACUGGUGUCACAGCCCUGGGUGUCAUCCCACAGUCUCUGCAGUCACUGGUGUCACGGCCCUGGGUGUCCCACAGUCUCUGCAGUCACUGGUGUCACAGCCCUGGGUGUCCCACAGUCUCUGCAGUCACUGGUGUCACGGCCCUGGGUGUCCCACAGUCUCUCCAGUCACUGGUGUCACAGCCCUGAGUGUCCCACAGUCUCUGCAGUCACUGGUGUCACGGCCCUGGGUGUCCCACAGUCUCUCCAGUCACUGGUGUCACGGCCCUGGGUGUCCCACAGUCUCUCCAGUCACUGGUGUCACGGCCCUGGGUGUUGUCCCAUAGUCUCUGCAGUCACUGGUGUCACGGCCCUGGGUGUUGUCCCACAGUCUCUGCAGUCACUGGUGUCACAGCCCUGGGUGUCCCACAGUCUCUGCAGUCACUGGUGUCACGGCCCUGGGUGUUGUCCCACAGUCUCUGCAGUCACUGGUGUCACGGCCCUGGGUGCUGUCCCACAGUCUCUCCAGUCACUAAUGUUACAACCCUGGGUGUUGCCUCACAGCUCUCUCUCUCUUAUUUUUCUCUCUCUCUGUGCUUCUGUUUGAAUAAUUUCUUUCUUUCUUUUUUUUUUUGGAGACGGAGUCUUGCUCUGUCACCCAGGCUGGAGUGCAGUGGCAUGAUGUCGGCUCACUGCAACCUCCAUCUCCUAGGUUGAAGUGAUUCUCCUGUCCUCUGGGUUCAAGCGAUUCUCCUGCCUCAGCCUUCCCAGUAGCUGGGAUUAUAGGUGUGCGCCACCACACCCGGCUAAUUUUUGUUUUAUUUUUAGUAGACACGGGGUUUCACCAUAUUGGCCAGGCUGGUCUUGAAUUCCUGACCUCGUGAGCCGCCCGCCUCGGCCUCCCAAAGUACUGGGAUUACAGGCAUGAGCCAGUGUGCCCGGCCUCUGAAUAAUUUCUAUCGACAUGUCGUUGAUGCUGCCAAUCCUCUUUUCUGAUAUUCCAGAUUUCUAUUUAGUCUGUUUCACAAAAUUUUUAUUUCCCAUAUUGUAUAUUUUAAUAGGUGCUCUUACGUGUUUUUAAUUUUUCUGCUGAAAUUCUCCAUUUUCUCACCUUGCCCCCAUCUUUUCUUCUGUAAUCUUUAACCUUUUAAUAAUAGUUACUUUAAAUCAUUGUCAUCCUAUUCCUUUGCUUUUUUUUGAGACGAGGUCUCGCUCUAUCGCCCAGGCUGGAGUGCAAUGGUGUGAUCUCCGCUCACAGCAACUGCCACUUCCCAGGUUCAAGUGAUAUUGUCCUGCCUCAGCCUCCCGAGUAGCUGAGAUUACAGGCACCCACCACCGUGCCCGGCUAAUUUUUGUAUUUUUAGUAGAGACGGGGUUUCACCAUGUUGGCCAGGAUGGUCUUGAACUCCUGACCUCAGAUGAUCCACCCGCCUUGGCCUCCCAAAGUGCUGGGAUUACAGGCGUGAGCCACUGCGCCCAGCCCUUUUUUUUCCUUUUUUUUUGAGACGGCGUCUCGCUUUGUUGCCCAGGCUGGAGUGCAGUGGUGUGAUCUCAGUUCACUGCAACCCCUGCCUCCCAGGUUUAAGUGAUUCUCCUGCCUCAGCCUCUGGAGUAGCUGGGAUUACAGGCACACACCACCACGCCCCACACGCCGCCACGCCCGGCUAAUUUUUGUAUUCUUAGUAGAGACGGGCUUUCACCAUGUUGGCCAGGCUGGUCUCAAACUCUUGACCUUGUGAUCUGCCCUCCUCGGCCUCGCAAAGUGCUGGGAUGACAGGCGUGAGCCACUGCGCCCAGCCUGAAAGUUAUACUCUUAAGACCCAGUCCGGGGAUGCCAGGGCCUUCAGAAACAGGAAUCAGGAGUCACCAUCCACAUUAUGAUGUUUCGGUGCUUCUAUUUCUCUGCUGCCCGAACUGACCUUCUUCUCAGGGGCAGUGCCCUUCGUGGCGACUGAGAUGGCACCAGAAGCUCCAGGCACACAACCUUACAUCUGUGCUUUCUGUGGGAAGCCUGUAUCUUGCCCAACUGUUCUAAUAAAACUCCUGGGUAAAAUUUGUUCUUGGGUCUCGUGCCCAUAACUGAAUCAGGAACUGCCGAGCAGAAGGGGUUUCCUGGUUGGCCGGGCCAGGGUACCUUGUUCCCCUUCGGUAGCAGGGCAGGCCCCAUGGAGAAGGAAUAGUAAGAGGGAGGAGCACAUGGGCAGGCCGGGCGCAGCCACCCAGAGGCAUGAGCGUCCCAUUUGUGUGGGGUGAGCACAAAGGUCAGGAGGGCAGUGCGGGAACAACUUCCCUCUUAGGCCAAGAAAUCUGAAACUGGGAAGGCAGUGGGGAGCCUUAGUGUUUUUUUUAGCUGAAGUAGAGUCACGCUUUAGGGAGACUGGAUUUGAUUGGAAUAUCUAAGAUAGGAGCUGGGAGAGACCCUGGGAUGCCAUUGUUGACUAAUAGUGUUCUGUCCUUGUCCAUGGGGUCUUGUGUUUCUGAGGGUGCCCUAGAUGUGGGUAAGACAGUUAAGGAGCAGAGGGGAUACUGUUUUGCCUCAGGAAGGGCUUGCCUGUCUCCUGUCAGCAGCUGGGUUGAUGUGCUGGUCUCGAGGAGCUGGGCUGGCCUGCUCACCGCUUGUGUAGCAUAGCUUUGCCUCUGGGUUAGCUGUGGGGUGGUGGAAUCCUGCCCUUCCUGCAGCCCAGACCCAGGCAGGAGGACCUGGAGGGCCCGCUCUGCCUUGGGGCUCUUCCGGAUUUGUCUGACACCAGGCUCCUGGGACUAAUGAGGCCUCCACCAGACUUGGUCUUGACUAACCUCAGGGGAGCUCAUACCUCUCUAGAACAAACUUACUGUCCUCAGCUUUUCGGCAGCCAUAAAUAAAAGUCAUUUGUGUUAGUUUA